UACGCUGGAAGAAUGAUGUAAUUCUCUCCCACUUAAUCAUCGCAUCCAUUACUAAUAAGAGCCCUUGUCCCAUUUCUUUAUCCUUAUCUCUCUCCCCCUCUCUCAGUGAAACAAGCCAAAGGUCUCCGUUGUGUUCACCAGAAAACGGAAAAGAGGCAGGAGCUUAUAGUUCCAGCCAUUAUCAGAAAGUUAUAGAGAAGACAUAGCCAACCAUGAUGAGGAAAACAGCUUGGAUCAUUCCAUCUAUUCCGAUCAUUAUUGCAGCAAUUCUGCAAUUCCCAUAUUCAUCACUUGCAGAGCCAAGAGCCAAGACAGUUGAGUUCAUCUGUGGAAAACAAAUGGAGCACAACACCACCAUAUAUGUACCGAACUUUGUCGCCACAAUGGAAAACAUAAGUGCACAAGUGAGAUCGGCAGGCUUCGGUGUUGCAAAGACUGGUACAGGUCCCGAUACUAACUAUGGAUUAGCACAGUGCUAUGGUGACCUCUCCUCCGUCGAUUGUGUUCUGUGCUAUGCUGAAGCGCGUACUGUUUUGCCUCAGUGCUAUCCUGUCAAUGGUGGAAGGAUCUAUCUCGAUGGGUGCUUCAUGCGUGCAGAGAACUAUAGUUUCUUUCAUGAGUUUACAGGCCCUGAUGACCAUGCUCGCUGUGGGAACUCAACCCGUAAGGAUUCAGCUUUCCAGGCAUCGGCAAGACAGGCCCUUUCUCAGGUGGUUUCUGCGGCUUCAGUCAAUAAUGGCUAUGGUCGGGCUCAGGUGCCUGUUGCUGGGAGGACAAACGAGUCAGCUUAUGUUUUGGCGGACUGCUGGAGGACCAUCAGUCCCAGUUCUUGCAGAGCUUGCUUGGAGAAUGCUUCUGCAUCCAUAUCAAAAUGCUUGCCUUGGUCGGAGGGGAGGGCGCUCAACACAGGGUGUUUUAUGCGGUAUUCAGACACUAAUUUCCUCAACCCAGUGCCUAGAAAUAGAAGUUUUAAAGGGAGAGUUGUAGCAAUUGUGAUUGCAUCCGUUAGUGCAGCAGCUGUUCUAAUAAUUGGAGCUGUCAUUGGAUUUUAUGUGUGGAAGAACAGAAAGAUUCAGAAGAAAAGAAAAGGUGAUGCAGUGAAAUUGGUAAAAACCCUUAAUGACAGCAGCUUGAACUUCAAGUAUUCCACCCUGGAAAAUGCCACUGCCUCUUUUGACGAAGCCAACAAGCUUGGACAAGGAGGAUUUGGCACUGUGUACAAGGGUGUUUUGCCAGAUGGGAGAGAGAUUGCUGUCAAGAGGCUGUUCUUCAACAACAAGCAUAGAGCAGCUGAUUUUUACAAUGAAGUCAACAUCAUUAGCAGUGUCGAACACAAGAAUCUGGUCAGGUUAUUGGGCUGCAGUUGCUCGGGACCUGAAAGUCUUCUUGUGUAUGAAUUCCUACCUAACCAGAGCCUGGACCGAUUCAUCUUUGAUUCAAGCAAAGGUAAAGCAUUAAACUGGGAGAAGAGAUUUGAGAUCAUUAUAGGGACGGCAGAGGGGUUGGUCUAUUUACACGAGAACACAAAAACGCGGAUUAUCCACAGGGACAUCAAAGCUAGUAAUAUCCUCCUAGAUUCGAGGCUUCGAGCUAAGAUCGCUGACUUUGGCCUGGCUAGGUCUUUUCAGGAAGACAAAAGUCAUAUCAGCACUGCCAUAGCAGGAACAUUAGGAUAUAUGGCGCCAGAAUACCUGGCCCAUGGACAGUUAACGGAAAAGGCAGAUGUUUACAGCUUUGGUGUGCUUUUGCUGGAGAUCGUCACGGGGAGGCAGAACAAUAGAAGCAAAGCCACAGAAUACACAGACAGCUUGGUAACAAUUGCGUGGAAACACUUCCAGCAACGAAGGGUAGAGGAACUAUUCGACCCGAAUCUCAUGCUGAACAACUACCACAGCAUAAAUGUUAAAGGCGAGGUUCUACGGGUGGUUCAUGUAGGGCUCUUGUGCACUCAGGAAAUCCCCUCACUAAGGCCAUCAAUGUCGAAGGCGCUACUGAUGCUAGUGAAGAAAGAACACCUCCCAGCACCAACCAGCCCCCCCUUCAUGGAUGAGGCAACCAUGGAAUUCAAUGACAUGAGCGAAAACAUGUCAUCGACGCCCCUCCACAAUGGCAAUGCAGUUUCAGUUGCCAGCAUUUCCCACAGUAUUUUCUAUCCAAGGUGAUGAUGUCAAGUCUAGCUUUUCCAGAGGCUAUUCAUUGCCAAUUUUUUGCUCAACCAAAGAGGCGGAAGAUUCAGGAGUACAGAGAGAGCUACAAGUAUAUUGCACUUAAUGUGCAACAAGGCACAUCAACAGUUAUCUCAUGUAUGUACUUUAAAUUGCACUUAAUGUGCAGGGAGACUCAUUUUUAUUUUUAUUUUUUGUUCCACUGUAAGCAACUUACAGAGAGUAAUCAAAUACACACAAGGUCACGUUGUUGUGCAUAA